AAGGGAAACCCAGCAUCUUAUUAGCGUAAAUGUAAUCAUAGCAACAACGAACUAUGCUCAUUGCUCUCUCUUCCAUCGUCUUUCUCAAUCCACCGCUCUAACCCCUUCGCUACGAUUGUAAAAAUGGACAGAUCAACUGGCCGUGGUGGCGGUGGAAGUGUGGACAUGUAUCUACCAAAUUAUAAGAUGGGAAAAACACUUGGCAUUGGGUCCUUUGGCAAGGUCAAAAUUGCAGAGCAUGUAUUGACUGGUCAUAAAGUUGCCAUAAAGAUCCUGAACCGUCAUAAGAUAAAAAACAUGGAAAUGGAAGAAAAAGUGAGAAGAGAAAUAAAAAUUUUAAGAUUGUUCAUGCAUCAUCAUAUUAUACGACUUUAUGAGGUUGUGGAAACCCCAACAGACAUAUAUGUUGUCAUGGAGUAUGUGAAAUCAGGAGAGCUCUUUGAUUACAUUGUAGAAAAGGGUAGAUUGCAAGAGGAUGAGGCCCGCCAUUUUUUUCAGCAGAUAAUCUCUGGUGUGGAGUACUGUCACAGGAAUAUGGUGGUUCAUAGGGAUCUGAAACCUGAAAAUUUACUUUUGGACUCUAAAUUUAAUAUCAAGAUUGCUGAUUUUGGCUUGAGCAACAUUAUGCGCGAUGGUCACUUUCUUAAGACAAGUUGUGGAAGCCCUAACUAUGCUGCUCCAGAGGUUAUCUCUGGGAAAUUGUAUGCUGGACCUGAAGUAGAUGUCUGGAGUUGUGGUGUAAUUUUAUAUGCUCUUCUCUGCGGCACUCUUCCUUUUGAUGAUGAAAACAUUCCCAAUCUCUUCAAAAAAAUAAAGGGUGGGAUAUACACUCUUCCUAGUCAUCUAUCACUUGGUGCUAGAGAUUUAAUUCCAAGGAUGCUGGUGGUGGAUCCCAUGAAGAGGAUGACCAUACCUGAGAUACGCCAGCACCCAUGGUUCCAAGUUCGUCUGCCACGUUAUUUAGCAGUGCCACCGCCAGAUACAAUACAACAAGCCAAAAAGAUUGAUGAGGAGAUUCUUCAGGAAGUGGUUAAUAUGGGAUUUGACAGGAAUGAAUUGGUUGAAUCUCUUCGCAACAGGAUGCAAAAUGAGGUUUGUAACCCUUCAUUUUCACCUUAUUUAACUGUCAUAUUAUCACUUAUUACCAUCUAUGUAUUUCAGGGUACUGUUACAUACUAUUUAUUAUUGGACAACCGGUUUCGUGUUUCUACUGGCUAUCUUGGAGCUGAGUUUCAAGAGACAUUGGAUUCUGGUUUCAACCGUAUCCAUUCCAGUGAAGUUGCUUCGCCAAUUGUUGGGCACCACAGUCGAGGGUAUAUGGAUUAUCAAGGAGUAGGAAUGAGGCAACAGUUCCCUGUUGAGAGAAAAUGGGCCCUUGGGCUUCAGUCUCGAGCCCAACCACGGGAAAUAAUGACUGAGGUCCUGAAAGCUCUGCAAGAAUUAAAUGUGUGUUGGAAGAAGACUGGACACUAUAACAUGAAGUGCAGAUGGGUGGCUAGCAUUCCUGGUCAUCAAGAUGGAAUGGUCAACAAUUCUGUGCAUAUUGAUCAUUACUUUGGAAAUGAUUCCAGUAUUAUUGAAAACGAAGCUGUUUCUAAGUCCAAUGUGGUCAAGUUUGAAGUGCAGCUUUACAAAACUCGUGAGGAGAAAUAUCUGCUUGAUCUUCAAAGGGUCCAGGGCCCGCAGUUUCUUUUCUUGGAUCUUUGUGCUGCUUUCCUUGCACAGCUUCGUGUUCUCUAGUGCAAUGAUCGUAGGCGCGCAAGGGAGACCAGAGGUGUCUUAUGUGCAUGUGAAUAAUUUUACAUUGUACAUAUAAGUGCCCUUUCAGUAUGGAUUUUAUCUAUCUGUUUGUACUUCCUAGUGUACCCCCAAUUUUUUAUAUGGGUGAUUAUGAUUGAGGCAAUCCUCUAAAUAUGGUGAUCGCUUCCUUAAUCAUGGUGUCUGACUAGAUCUUCCUUGUUAACGGUGAAUUGAAUUUUCUCAAUCCCUUGAAAUCUCUGGGACCUCCCCCAACAAACACAGCUAUUAUGUUAUUGAACCUAGUGUUGUAAUUGGCUGCUUAUGUCUGUCAUCAGGAAGCCGAGGGGUUGUUUGCUUAGGCUGCAAUGAACAUGAGUUUGCAGAUUAGCAUUUUCUCCCCGCUUCCCUGGCACAAAAUUACUGCCCCGCUUUUGUAUGGAUGUUAUUUAACUGUCAUAGUUUAUGUAUUUUCUUU